GCUUACUGGGUGAUCCGACGCUGAAAGAGGAAUUCAGGCGGUUAAAAAAACGUGAUUUGACAGAGACGUACCUAUUUCAAAUGGCAUGUGGCUCGUUUAGACCACAAAAAUGCAGUGGGAGUGCCUUUAGGAAGCAUAUCAUGGAUAAGGUAAAAACCUCUCCCGCAACUCGACCGCAACCGAAGCAUUUUGACGCUCGACCUGCAAUACCUACAUCAGACCUCAGAGGCGCUGCUGAGUUCUACACGCGCUUCCCUGGAGACAAGCCCGCGGAACACCCGGACUGGAUCCGCGAUAGGAGAGCGUUUAGAGAAGCGCUUGACGGUAUGGGAGAUCUGCGCAGAUGGCUCCAUAAUAAACCGAUUCUCACCGACCUGGAGGUUCUCAUCACGGAACGAGACAGUCAAGAUAAGCGGAUGUCAUCACCCCCUUCAAAAACAAGCAUUUUCCCUCCACCACCAGAUGUUACAACUUCUCCGCGUGCGCUCGGGCGUGAAGCUGAAGAAGUGAAGAGCUUUCUGCGCGCCCGCGAAGCCUGUAAUCUCUCCAAAUUCUUGGACUGGUAUGGGACUGGUAAAUUAAAGCGUGUAGACCUCUGUGCUCUGUUUAAGAAGGACGGUCUCUUCAUACAGCCUGAGCGGAUGAACGUGCUAAUGUCCUCAUUAAAUAGUGAGGAUGGAAACUCAGUAACUGUGGAAAACCUGGCUGUUGGGAUCCAGGCCUGGAACGGAAAGCAUCAGGAAAGGGAAGAACACAAAUCAAACGCUGGUUGGAACGCAGACCAUGAGAAAGGGACUUGGACAAGACACCAUCUUCCAACACAUGGAAUCUCACUAGAGGAGAAAGAUGAUGAGAUGGGCAUGCAGGACGUGGAGGUGCUGGCGAUCAUGAGGAGAGUUUUGGCAGCCACCAAGACCUCUUGCCCUUCUUCUCUGAGUGGCAGUACGGGCAGAGAAGUGGAUCGUUUCAGGACACUUUGUUUUAGAGAAUACCUCAAAUCUAUAGAGCAAUGCCAACGACAGGGGCUUAAUGUGAGCCAAGCCACUCUACAGAAAGUCCUGUUGCACCCUGGUGACAUGAGCUUGUCUAGCAGCUCCAAAUUGGGAGGGAAAGGUCACUUGUCAGGCUGUGGUGGACAAGAACAAGUCCUGACAUUCCUCAGGACAUCCAAAACACACCGAGUUGAAGGUGGAGCAAAUAAGGGCCACAAAGCGAUGAAGAAGCAGUCAAUUCGCUGGGCGGACCCUAAUGCCUUCUGGCCUGGAAAGGAAGAUCAUGUGCGCUUGUUUCUGCCUGUAGUGACAAACUCUCCUGCAAUGGUUUUAUUUCAGCGUAUUGAUCGUGCUGUUGCGCCAAGUCCCGGAAACUGGCCCGUAAAUCAUUUAGGAUACUCAACCUCUGGAGAUAUAGAAGCUCGCAAGAUGUACACUCUCUAGAACAUUUUUGACUGUAUUGAAUGUCUAUAUGAAGUCGGCAUGAAACGGAAGUUGCAACAAGAUAAAUCAUUUAUUAAAAAAACUGCAAUAUUCCAUAAAAAAAGAAUUGUCCAAUGAC